ACUGGCCAGGAAGGUGGACACCUCACACCUCAGUCUCCCAAUUACGCCCUCCCCCCCUUCUCCUCCCCUCUUCUCUCUCCCCCUCCUCCCCCCUGUCUCUCCUCCUCUCCCCCACUGAAAACCUGUGGCUUGAAGAGACCUUGGCUUGUCUGGUACUCUACCCCUGGGGACUGCCCACAUCUGCUCCUGAGUUUGGGGGCAGGGGGGCAACGGCCCCAAGAAAUCUCUCCGGCGAUGGGAGCCAGCCGCCUGCUGCCCAGCCUCACCCUGUGCUUGCAGCUACUGACUCUCUGCUGUCAAACCCAGGGGGAGAAUCACCCGUCUCCUAAUUUUAACCAGUACGUGAGGGACCAGGGCGCCAUGACUGACCAGCUGAGCAGGCGGCAGAUCCGCGAGUACCAGCUCUACAGCCGGACCAGCGGCAAGCACGUGCAGGUCACCGGGCGACGCAUCUCUGCCACCGCUGAGGACGGCAACAAGUUUGCCAAACUCAUAGUAGAGACGGACACGUUUGGAAGCCGGGUGCGCAUCAAGGGGGCUGAGAGCGAGAAGUACAUCUGCAUGAAUAAGAGAGGCAAGCUCAUCGGGAAGCCCAGUGGGAAGAGCAAAGACUGCGUGUUCACGGAGAUAGUGCUGGAGAACAACUACACAGCCUUCCAGAACGCCCGGCACGAGGGCUGGUUCAUGGCCUUCACGAGGCAGGGUCGGCCGCGCCAGGCCUCCCGCAGCCGCCAGAACCAGAGAGAGGCCCACUUCAUCAAGCGCCUCUACCAGGGUCAGCUGCCCUUUCCCAACCACGCUGAGAGGCAGAAGCAGUUUGAGUUUGUGGGCUCAGCCCCCACCCGGCGGACCAAGCGCACUCGGAGGCCGCAGCCCCUGACAUAGUCGGGAACAGGGGGCGCGGCUGCCUCUCACCGGCCUGCCCACCCCCCUUAGCCCUGCUCCCCGGGUCUAAAGACUGGGCUGGGGUGGAGGGAAGAGAGCCCGAACCCCCACGGGGAUCCCUGAGGACCGGCAAGCACCAGAGCCCCAGGCCAGAAGGGGACAGGACCGCCGCAAAGCAGGGCCAGUGCCACACUGCGAUGGGCCUCCUGGGGGUGGAGCCACCCCGGGAGAGAAACUGUGGUGGCACCCUGGACUCAGGCCCCCUGAAACAGGUGGGAAAGUCAGCAGAUUUAAGGCCUUGCAGACACUGUCUGGAGGUGGCUCUCCUUAAAGCUUGCUUCCCAUGUCCUCAGUCUGUCCCCAGCCUCCAAAUUCUUGAUGACUAGAGUCUAGGAAGGGACUUUGGGUUCGUUUCAGGAGAAAAGAAAGAGGGGGAAAAAGGGUUGGUCAUGCUUCACAACCCACUCCCCAGGCCUGCAGCCCCGCGCCCAACUCCCACACCCAAAAUAAAACCAUCUUCCUGCAAACGGGUUAUCCGAAGGGGUGGGGGGUGGGGAGGCGGUGUAGAAGGAUCCCACUCAAAACGUAACUGGUAACAAA